ACGUUUUGUGGUCUUCCUCGAGCUUUGCUUAUUACCCUACUGCUCACUCGAUUGUUCUAGGUCUAUGCGGAUGGCUCUAAACCUAGCAUAGCUAAUAACACAAUAAAAAGUUAUAUAAUGCAAAUUAGAUAGCCUUGAUAGUUAAAACACAGUUAGAGUAUAAGGUAAUCAGACUACAUUGUUCGAACUUCCCGGGAGUGGCACUUCGACGGAACGCGUGAGAUAUUUUGGAGAGCAUUAUAGACUAGGAGACACUUGCAAAAGGAGACUUCUGACGAACAGGUAUUAGAUUCGUUUCGUCUUGAGAGCUCCUUGUCCCCUAUGGCGUACGCUGCAUAUUGGAUGAGCCUCCAGAAAACCACUGUUGGAGAUCAGCAAGGUGGCGGACCUACAACUCAUCCUACCUCAGCAGCGGCUAAGUCGCAACCCAAACAUGCCCCACCAGCCCCGGCGGCACAGGUCUCCUCCAUGAAACCAGCUCAGUUUGAGAAGACAACUGUUACAUCUGCAGCAUCUACCAUGGCUACAAAGCCAGGAGUAACCAUGACAAUGGGCAGUACCACAGGAAGUGAUGUCAAAGUAGCUACCUCUGCAGGGGUGACACAGAAAGGGACUGCAAUAGUCAAACCGGAGACUUCAUUUGUCUCUCCUAACACCGGGGUAGCAGGUGCUACAAUUAUUGAUAUGACCGGAGGCAGUCCUAAAGAAAUCCUCAAGACUACACCUGUCUCUCAGGCCAAAGCUCCCACCACCUCGGCUGGAACAGCCAGCUCAGCAGGAGCGGCCACAACCGUGAAAGCUGAAACAACCAAGCCAAAGCCUACUGACUCUCCAAAACAGACGGUCAAGAGUGUACCAGACCCGGCGAAAAAAGUUGACUCGGCUAAAAUUGAUCCGGCUAAAGUGUCAAAGCCCGCUGCAGCUGCCAGUGUGGAUGGAAGUGCCUCUGUGAAGGGGAAAACAGAUGUGAAAACAACUAAGGUACAAGUAGAAGUUGGGCCCCCAGGAACCAAGGCAUCCAAAGAGGCACCUGAAGUGGACCCUUUUGAUGCCUUGGCUGCCAUUUUGCCAUCAGUAGACUCUGUCUCCCAACCAGACCCACCCAAAUAUACUGGUCCUGAGGUCAAAGAGCAUGGCUUGACAGCAGAAGAUGCCAUGUUGUGUGGGGUCCGAGAAGACACUCUACCGCCUGAAUACAGAUUUGAAAACAGGGGCCCAGCUGUCAAACCAGAUGUUGUGAAAAAGGACAUCCCGAAACCCAUGGGCACAGACGAGGCUUUGGAUUCCCUUUCUGCCGGGUUCAUGACCUCAACUUCCCCGAGUCAGAAGAAAGGAGAAAAAAUGGAGAGUGUGGGUGCCAUUAAUGCCUCAACUGCUGGCAUCUCCAACUUUGCUCCACCACCCCCUUCCAAGAAACCUGAAGAGUCAAAGACUGCCCCUGCUACAAAGUCUGCUGUUCUCCCUGCUGACAAGAAAGCCAAAGUUGAGAAGAAACCUGAAGAGUCAAAGACUGCACCUGCUACAAAGUCUGCUGUUCCUCCCGCUGACAAGAAAGCCAAACUUGAAAAGGAUGACUCCAUGUCCCUGGAUGCCCUCAGUGCUCUUGGCGACACCCUGGCUGCUGCAGAACCAGCACCUGAACCUCCCAAGCUCAGACCCGAGGAUAUGGUCUCGGAGGGCAAGUUGAAGAAAGAGAAGGGUGUGCGCGUGGGUGAACGCGAUGACACGCUUCCGCCUGAGUACAGGUUCAAAGACGACAAACACAAAGACCUUCCUGCACCCAAGCCUGAACCCUCCAUGGACUCUGGUGAGGCUCUGGAUAUCUUAUCUGGAGACUUCAUGACAUCGUCUGUUGCGCCAGUUGCACCCCAAGCUCCUCCCAAACAGCCUAAGGCAGAUGUUGUUGCACCAACUAAAGCUUCCACAGUCCAGGCCCCUGUUGUUCCUCCUGUACAUUCUCCAGAGAUAGCCAUUUGUCCUCCAUGUGUGCCACAACCUCUUGACAGGAUCCCUAACCCUAUUCCAACUGUGUGCCCCCCAAAGCCUCAACUUGAGAAGGAUGAUUCCAUGUCCCUGGAUGCCCUCAGUGCUCUUGGCGACACCCUGGCUGCUCCAGAACCAGCACCUGAACCUCCCAAGCUCAGACCCGAGGAUGUGGUCUCGGAAGAUAAACUGGCCUCUGAGAAGGGUGUGCGUGUGGGUGAGCGUGAGGACACGCUUCCGCCUGAGUACAGGUUCAGAGACGACAAACACAAAGACCUUCCUGCACUCAAGCCUGAGCCAUCCAUGGACUCUGGCGAGGCUCUGGACUUCUUGUCAGGAGACUUCAUGUCCCCCUCUGCUGCUCCUGUGGUCCAGGCUUCCAUCCCCGCUGCUGCUCCUCCUGCAUACACUGAUGACUUUGCCCUGGACGCUCUGGCUGGAGACUUUGCCCUGGACGCUCUGGCUGGAGAAUUUGUUGCUCCCGCUGUGGCUCCUGCGGUCCAGUCAGCUGCUGACCGCCAGCUCUCCACAGGAACGGCAGACGCCUUGGACUCUUUGUCAGACACCUUGAUAGAUGCCACCCCUGUCCCUGAGCCCGCUCCCAUCCCAGCCAAAGACAUCAUCAAGGAGAAGGAGGUUGCAGAAGAGAAACUCAUCAAGAUGGGGGAGAGAGACGACAGCCUUCCUCCUGAGUACCGGCAAACAAAGGAAGACCUGAAGGCAAAGGUCAAAUCCAAGGCCAAAGCAGAUGUCAAACCUAAACAGAAAUCUAUGGAUGAAGCUGAUGCCCUUGAGGUGCUGUCUGGUGACUUCUCUGCCUCUGUCACCCCUGCUGCCUCUGUGGGGGUCUCAACAGUGCUGGUGCCACCCUCUCUGCACCCAGAAAAUUUGCAGGCUGUGUCCGGCCCUGUGUUGGACUCUCUGGCUGACACUUUGCUUCCAGAUGUUCCAGAGUUCAAACCAAAAGGAGAAAAGCCAAAGGGCAAGAGCAAGUCAAGGUCAAAAUCCAAAAAAAAUCAAGCAGAGGAGCCUUCAGCCUUCGACACCCUGUCUGGAGAAAUGAGCUCAGACGUAGUGCCUACAUCCAUGAGGAAGGGUGGCAAGAGCUAGACAUUUGGAUUCCCGGUGCAAUACAUCUCCCCUGCAACACAGAGGUGCCAUUUGUGGGAGUAACUCUAAAUAAGGAUUCUAUUUUUUCUAAAUGAUGGAAAAUGUAUACUGGAUGAACGACAACAUAAACACACACACACUGUGUGCAAUGCCUUGACUGCUUGGUGUGGUUUGACUGAGGAGUGUUGGUUUCUUGUCCUUGAGAAGUAGAAAGAAUAGCAUGUAACUAAGAAAGAAGGAUUAAAGAAAAAUAUAUAUUUAAGAAAAAGAAAAAACAAUUUUUACUUGGAGAAAUAUCCCCCGGACACAUGCCAUUGUCCUAGCUAACAGUUGACAUUUCCACCACAUCGCAUGCUGUUGCUACUACACAGUAUUAAAGUUGAUGUUGCUGCAACGUUGGGGUAAUAGUGAUUGUGAGCAGGUGCGGGAGCAGUAGAUUGUCUGGUCCGCAGUAUAAGGAUGUGGGUGCAAUCUUGUAUACAGAAAGAAAGUGGAGUUUUUUUUCUUCUAUAAUGUGGCAAGCCACCAUACAGACACUAGAGCACAGCAUAGUCUGCUUAGUUUGAUGAUCUUAGUUUACAAUACUGAACAUGUAAAAGGACUUACAGGAUGUGGUCUGCCUAAUGCAGCUGAGAGAUACUGGUGACAAUUUAUUGUACUUUCUGUUAAGCAAUAUCUAUAAAACAAGGGUAUUUCAUGUACACAUGGCCUUGUAGAUGCAAAUAGUGGUUUCUGAAAGUACACUUACAAGUGUACUGGAAUGGUUGCUACCUCUGUAAACUGCCUUAAUUUGUAAAGGAAUGUACUACUGUAAAAUGUACACAGUCACAAUACCUAUCACUACUAGUCAGAACUUCAAAAGGCAAAGUGGAUAUUUGCCACUUUUCUUGUCAACAUUAUUUGUUCGGGUUUAGGUAUAGCUUACAUAUCUCAAAAUAAUAAUAUUUGGGUUAGGGUUUUAUUGCAAAUUUGAAAUGUAUAAUUAUGUGUUUCAUGCAUUCAGUCAUCAGGGGUCUAAGUGACCAACUUGUUCAACAAAGUAGACAACAGAGAGCCCUAAACAUUUUACCACAAAAUGAUGAAAAGCUAAAAUAAUUCUGUAAGUUAACACUACACAUUCAAAAUUGGGUCAUUUGGUAAAAGUGGUGUAGCCUAAUGUAAAAUGUACAAAUAUUAUAGUUAAAGGGAAAUAUUUGACAGUCGUUUAUCACAAGUCUAAAUUACUUACUUCUCCUAGUGUGAGGCUUGGUGGUUUUUCAGUGUUCAAAACUCUAGAAAUGUGCUUCCUCUUCUGACAGUUGUGUGAUUUUGAAUGGGUGUUUCAGAUGUCUUAGCAAAAAGUUAUUUUCAAGGUUUUAUCUUUGCCUGCAGUGGCCUUGGACACUUGCGCACUUAGGUGUAAUAAUUGAUGGGAAUGAGGAACGUACAAGUAAAUGGAUUUCAAGUGUUGUAAAAAUGCAAAUAAAAAGCUAUGUAGUUGUACA